AUGGCCGAGGAGAAGACCUUUCGUUAUGGGUUCAUCGUACUGGGUUUCUUCCUGGUGAUGACGGGGAUGUUCAUCAUGAGCGUGGAAAAGCCCCAGAUCUACAUCACCUUCUGCGCCCUGGGCAUCCUGCUCAUAGCCGUGGGCACCAUCUGGAGCAUGUGCCAGUGCUACCCAAAGAUAACAUUCAUCCCCGUGGACCUCGAGGCUGAGCGGUUCCUGGACCACAAGCCCAUCGUGCUGCUGGAGAGGGACACCCGCUUGCAGGCACCCUGCCCUAACCAAGAAGCCAUCGGCACCUACGAGAAAAGCCUGCUGUCCUACAAGCAGAUCCAGAUGCAGGUGGUGGGCUCAGCCCCGCUCCCGCCCACAGUCCAGCCCAGAGUCCGCAGCUGCUCCCAGCCAGCCAUGCAGGCAAAAGCAGAGGUCCACUGGGAGCUGGGGGGUUCUGGAGAUCCUCCCCGAGAGCCGGCACCUCGGCUGGAAAUGGCAGCAGACUGCUGCCCCCUCCGGCCGGCCCUGGGGGACGCGCCGCUGGCAUCCCUCCUGGAGGACAUGGACACGCCAUCACUGGAGGGCUCCGUGCCUGGCAGCCCUGCGCCACGGGGCCGGCCCUUGCCACCCGCCGCCCACUCCGGCUGCACCCCAACCAGGUCCCCGGUGGGGGGAGAGCACCCUGGUUCUCCCCACAAAGGUGCUGGGGAGGAGGAUGACCUCUAUUACGGGCUCCAUGAGGGGCCAGACGCACUGCUCGAAGAUAGCGACCGCCUUUUUGAGCCUGAAAAUUGA